UCUAAAGAGACCUUUAUUUCAACCGGCUGUACCGGCUCUGUGCAGAUUCUUAGAGCUCUUCGAGGUGGCAACAUGUUGCAGUCGAUUUUAUCCGUUCUGCUCAUUUUGACCUUGGAAACCCAGGACAGGGUGGUGGAGGGACUGGAGCAUCGGGCUUAUGACUACACCAAGUACCACACCAUGGAUGAGAUCUCCGAGUGGAUGAACAUGAUGAUAAAAGAUCAUCCUGACGUCGUUACCAGCAUCAUCUAUGGAAACACAUAUGAAAAGAGGAAUAUCACACUGUUGAAGAUCGGUCUGAGCAGCACCGAGAAGAAGAAGAUGAUCUGGAUGGACUGUGGGAUUCACGCUCGAGAAUGGAUUGCUCCAGCUUUCUGCCAGCACUUUGUCAAGGAGAUCCUGGGCUCCUACAAAACAAACCCAAAGAUCAGCGAGAUGUUGAAACAUUUGGACUUGUACAUCACCCCAGUGUUGAACAUGGACGGAUAUAUUUACUCAUGGAAAGACAACACGACACGAUUAUGGAGGAAGACAAGGUCACCUGGAACUGAUAACUGCACGUGUUUUGGUACAGACCUCAACCGCAACUUUUAUGCUAACUGGGGAAUGGUGGGAAUUUCCAGAGACUGCUGCUCAGAGAUCUAUAAUGGACCAUCUCCACUUUCGGAGCCUGAGGCCAAGUCGGUGACGGACUUCCUGAGUGACAAUCGAGACAACAUUCUCUGCUUCCUCACCAUCCACUCGUAUGGCCAGCUGAUCCUGUUGCCUUAUGGGCACCCCAACAUCACUGCCCCAAAUGAAGAUGAGUUGAUGAAAGUGGGUCUGGCUGCAGCAGAGGCCAUUAAAGCUGUUCAUGGAAUGGACUACACAGUGGGAACGCCUCCUAAAGUGCUUUACCCCAAUUCUGGCUCAUCUCGUGACUUCGCACGUCUCAUCGGCAUCCCAUUUUCCUUCACUUUUGAGCUGCGUGAUAAGGGCCAGCACGGCUUCAAGCUGCCAGAGGACCAGAUCCAGCCCACGUGUGAAGAGGCGUAUCAGGGCGCACUGUCCAUCAUCACGUACGUCCACGAUAAAACCUUCGUCCGUGCAGCGGCUACAAGUAUCGCAGCUACGCUAUGGAGUGUUUGCCUGGCUUUGUGGCUUUCUAGCACCAUCUAGCUGAAAUCAAACACAUAUGUUAAAUAACCUAGUUUACUCUAUUAUUAUCUCCCCAGUUACUUGAAAAAUAUCUAUCAUUAUUCAGUUAUAAGAAACACUCUGGAAAUACAGUGAAAAUGGUGCCAUUUUGUUUUAAAUAAAUUAUCACAUUUUUAGAGCUCUGUAUAUAUUUUGUAUGUAUU